AUGGAGUCAAAUUGGAGAGCAAUUGGUGAAAAUAUAUCAAAAUAUAUCGAUGAUGAUGAGUUCUUAUCUAAUACAAAACCUCUACAAAUGUGUAAAAUUUUAAAUUACGCAACAUUAACGUCAAAUCAAUUUGCAAACUUGUUCAAAAAUCUUUCUGAACAUUAUGGUAAAGAUGACAUGUUUAAGAUGAUGAGUCGUGCACGUACAGUCGAUUUCAAGACAUUCCAAGAAGUUGAAGAAGUUGAAGAUACUUUCAACUCUGUUCUUGGAAUUCCGACACUUUCUAAAAUAUUUUCAUUCUACAAGAAUUCACCACGAACCGAAGCUAAUUCAAAACCCGAUGAAUGCUGUUGCGGUAGCAAUUCUCUUGCAAAUAAACCUCCCAAAUCAAUAUCACUUGGUAGUGGUGGUUACAGAGUAAAAGUAAAUUGUAUGGAUCAUUUCAUUAUAAAUGUUUCUGGUGUUAGAGAUGAUAUGAGUUCGACAGAAUUUUUACAACAAAUCGCACAAGCAGCGGUUUUAACACCAAAUGAUUUCAAAAUAGUAUUUGGUAUAAGACAAUUCUUUGAAAAUCAUCCUUUAUCAGAUUAUAAAAUGCAUGAUGGAAGUGUUCUUAAACUUUCUUUAAGAAAUCGCGGGGGAAAACCAGUCAUAUAUUUGUAUCCAAAAAAAGAAAUGGAUGUUAAUGUUAACAUCAAAAUCAAUGAUGGAAUUUUUUCAUUUGUUUACCCAUCUUUCGAUGAAGGAAGCACAUGGAAAGUUAAAGCAUAUCCAUCAGGAGAAAUCGAACACCUUGGAAAGAAGAUGAGAUAUCUCUUCUGGGAAACACUCUUCUAUCCUAAUCUCAACAUGGGACGAGGUUUCAUCAUCAAAGGCGAAGAUUGUGUUGAUUUCUUCCAUGAUAAACUCAAAAUGAUGAAUCUCAAUGAUUGUGAGAUAUGUGACUUCAUCACAUACUGGUGUCCAAAACUUGUCUCUUACAAAUUCGUCAAAAUAUGCUUCCAAUUCGAAAACUUCGACGAUAUGUGUCCACUGACUGUCGAACCUAAACCACAGAACGUAAACAGAGUCUUCUUCGCUGCUCUUCCUCUCGACUCUCCUUGUGAUAUUGAACCACAAGAUCUUCCAAGAUUCAAUCGUGAUGGCUUCACAGUUAUCGAAUGGGGUGGUACAAUCGUUUCAACUUUAAACUACUAA